AUGAAAGAAGCCCCAACACAACUCGCGGAUGGCGAACGAACAGCUCUGUCAGUCGAUGACGUCGAUCGACUUGACGCAAUACGGUCCUGGCCCAGGACACGGCUCAAGUAGUUGUCACAAUGCUUGGGAAGAUCGUAUCGAUUGAUCGAUCCCUCCACAGGGAUGCCUCCCGUGUAGUAAGUGACGCGAACAGCAAAACGUUCAGGGGAGCAGCCCGUUGAUAUACCUUCAUGAUGUCAACCAACCGCCCAUUCAGCCUCAGAGAUGCGGACAACGAACGAGUGGGCCGAUCGGAACUGUGCUUGAGACAAAUCGGCCUCGAGCUCGCGACACCCGAAGCGGUCGUCGUGGAAGCUCUGCAACGAAUACGGGAUCAAGGAAUGCCUGCCGCAUGCAACAUAGCUACGAAUUCGAGUAAGUAACUCCAUGAACUGUGCUCUUGGUGUGGGAUUGUUCAGAAGCUAAUGGAAAACUACCAAGCAGAAAUUCCCUUCAACACGUCCUCUCUGAAUGUCAACCCUCGAGUUGUUUCUUCACCGUCAGCUGGUGACACUGCAUGCGGCGUGAGUUAUCCCUUGACAUGGCUGUGCAGUCUUGGAUAUGACGGAAAAACUGAUGCGAAAAACAGACAUUGAACGUCAGUGAAACAGCGGAAGCAUUGACUUCGUACGGUUGAGAAUCCGGGUCAUUGGGACACUAAAUGUGAGUCUUCACUGCCAUUGCUACAGAUGGACAACGGCAAGAAUACUGAGUUGUAACGAAUCACGCCAGAAAACAGGCUCUGGUUCCGUGGAUUGCGGCUCACCAUCCCGUGGCAGAUCCUCAACGGCUCGGUUCGGUGGAGUGUGGAGUGACCGUCGUGUUGGCAGGUGUGUGCCAAUCUUUCAAAAGCAAAGCGCAGGGCGGCAUGACUAACUGAUCGAUUGGACUGUAACGUCACAGGGGAUCCAAAGCAAUGCCUUCCCGUUAUUCCCCAAGUCAUCGCCAACCCGAAUCGUCGACGCUUGCCGUUCCACGCUGCAAGUUACUGA